CUGGGGAAACCCCAGUGAUAAGAGGCGGUGCGGGCGCCUGGAGGCCAGAGCGUCGCCGAGCUCAUGGAAGAGAAGCAGAUCCUGUGCGUGGGGCUUGUGGUGCUAGACAUCAUCAAUGUGGUGGACAAGUACCCCGAGGAGGACUCGGACAGCAGGUGCCUGACCCAACGAUGGCAGCGUGGUGGCAAUGCCUCCAACUCCUGCACCAUCCUUUCCCUCCUGGGAGCUCCUUGUGCUUUCAUGGGCUCCUUGGCUCCUGGGCAUGUUGCUGACUUUGUCUUGGAUGACCUUCGCCGAUACUCUGUGGAUCUGCGCUACACAGUCCCCCAGCGUGUGGGCUCCAUCCCCAUCUCCACUGUCAUCACCAGUGCAGCCACUGGCAGCCGCACCAUCCUGCAUGCUAACAGCUUCCUGGUGACUGACUUUAAGUAUCGGGGCGUGGACGUCUCGCAGGUGGCAUGGCAGAACAAGGGCGAAACACCUUGCUCCUGCUGCAUCGUCAACAACUCCAAUGGUUCCCGUACCAUUAUCCUCUAUGACACAAACUUGCCAGAUGUGUCUGCAAAGGACUUUGAAAAGGUUGACCUGAACCGGUUCAAGUGGAUCCACUUUGAGGGUCGGAAUGCAUCUGAGCAGGUCAAGAUGCUGCAGCGGAUAGAGCAGCACAACAAGAAGCUUCCCAAAGAGCAGCAGAUCACAAUAUCUGUGGAGGUGGAGAAACCCAGGGAAGAGUUAUACCAGCUGUUUGCCUAUGGGGAUGUGGUUUUUGUCAGCAAGGACGUGGCCAGGCACAUGGGGUUUCGGUCAGCAGCUGAAACCCUAAAGGGAUUGUACAACCGUGUAGGGAAAGGUGGAGUAUCCUAUAGGGCUGUGCUAGUAUGUGCGUGGGCAGAGGAGGGGGCAGAUGCCUUGGGCCCCGAUGGACAGCUCCUGCACUCUGAUGCGUUCCCGCCACCCCAACUGGUAGACACCCUGGGGGCCGGAGACACCUUCAAUGCCUCUGUCAUCUUCAGCCUGUCCCAGGGGAAAAGCAUGCAAGAGGCAUUGACUUUUGGUUGCCAAAUAGCAGGCAAGAAGUGUGGAAUACAAGGCUAUGAUGGAAUUGUGUGAAGGCACCAGCCAUCAGAAGGC